CUCUUUCUCUCUCUAAUGGCAAACACACUCACGUUUUUCCGACCCGCGAUGAUGGUCCGGGCCUCCGCUGUUCCUUCCGGGAAGCCCGAGCCGAACAACAGAAAGCCCGGUUCUUCCAAUUGGUGGGCUCCGUUGUUCGGGUGGCCCACGGAUCCAGACUACAUCGGGAGCCCCAAUUCAUCUCAUAAAGUGGAUCCGGAUCGGGAACUGGGCCGGCUCAGAUCCAAGUUCACACCCGGGUGCUUCACGGAGGAAAAGGCAAGAGAACUGCGGAGGAAGACCAUGGAAACGUCGUCGUUUCAUGACCUAAUGUACCACUCCGCUAUUGCGUCCAGACUCGCCUCUGAUGUUUCCGAAGGGUACGAGAAAUAGAAGCUUAAGCUUCGCAUGUUUCUAAUUCGUCGAUUUUAACAUUUUCUACCUAAUUUGUGCUUAGUUAUCGUUAAUUUUCUUUUUAAUGUCCUUCAACUUUGAACAAUUAGCAUGUCAAUCGUUUG